UAGGGCGAGAUCCUGAAUUCGACGUGCUUGAAGACCAAGCAAUAAAGUCAGCCGUGUGGAACCGGGGUUUGGUCCGGCCCCGAGCUCAAGUAGGCAAUGUUCUUGUUUCUUUACUUUUUUUUUUGUUGUUGGUUUAUUUUUCUACAAAAAUAAACCAAACCUCACGAAAAAAGUAGCCUGCAAAAAUUACGAAUAGGCGUUGAGCGAUUUAAAAGAGCAGUGAAAGCAGUUCCUGUUUCUCCUUUUUUUUUUUGAAACACACCUGGUUCAGGUAGUUUGAUGACAGACUUCCAAGGGCGUUGAAUCGACGCCACGGACAUUGUUAAGCCUUGACCGUGGUCUGAAGUGGGGAUCAAAAUCAACUCCUGUGUGCUCAUCUUGAUGUUUGGACUGUUUCUGAAACAUUCUUCUCUGAGACUGCGGUGUGCAGGGUGUGGUGUGGUGCCAUGUGUUUAAGUGGGCAGCCUCUGUGCUCAGGCAGGGGCCAUGUGCGACCUAACUCCUCCUCUGGUGAGGGCAGCAGCUCAAGCUCUCAGUAUGCAUUCUGUGCCCUGGGUGUGGGCCUGGUGGCGCUUGGAGUUGUCAUGAUUCUGUGGAGCAUGGUGCCACUGGAGGUGCGUUGGAAUAACACAGGUGUGCAACAUGAUGCUGUUCCCAAUGAUAGCAAGCAGAAGACCUCAGCUGUGGCUUUUGUGCUGGUUGGGGCUGGACUGGCCUUGCUGCUAUUGGCUGUGUGCCUGGGAGUGAGAAACAAGCACAGAAGGAGCAGUGUGACAACAGCCACUGGUACUCAGUACACAGACCGUGUGCCUGAAGAAGCAGGAGAGACAUUGGCUUCUACCCCAAACUAUGAUGUGCCUAGCUAUGAUGAAGCUGUGACUAGUGGGCGUUAUCCUAUCCGCCAGAGCAACCUGCAACACAGUACCUCACAGCUACCUUCUUAUGAUGACCUCGUUGCUGCAGUGGAGAAUGAAGGAGAAGGACCAGGUUCUGCGAGCGGUCAAAAUGCUUCUUCUCCUGUUCCUCGUGUUGGUGCCCCAGCAGAUGAAACCAGUGCGAAGCCGGCUCGCAGCAGCAGCCGAGCUAGCUACAUCUUCAGACCCCUCCGUGUGCGCAGGAUUAAAUCAGAGAAGCUCCAUGUCAAAGAUAUCCGGAUGAACAUCCAGAGCCCACCACAGGGAGGACGAGUGACCAUUGAGCCCCUGACACCUCCACCACAGUACGUGGACAAAGUGCCUGAGUUCCCCACAGAACCAGUGUGAUUGAUUGAGCUGUGUAUGAAUACUGUCCUGGUGUAUAUCUUUCUUCACCUGUGCUGUUAUUGCACUUGGCUGUGCUUAAGUCUAGAAUAGGGUGGUAUAGGUCUGCUUCAAAGAAUUGCUGUAAAGAAGUGGUGUAGUUGUGAAAUGGUAUGAAAUUUAAUUUUACUUUUGAAUGUGAUCAUCCACAAGCCCUGUGCUUCUUCUAGGACAAAAUGUUAGAGUUUUUAUCUACAGUCCCCUCUGAAACUACUGAAAUGGCAAGGCCUAUUCGUUUGUUUAUGCUACACAAAGACAUUUUGGUUUGUGAUCAAAAGAUUGAUAUGAGACGAGAGUUGAGGAUUCAUUUUUUAUUUCCUGGUAUUUACGUCUAAAGGUGUUUAAACAACAUAAAACAUAAAACCUUUUGCACCAGACCACCCAAUUUUUAGGUGAGAAAAAGUAUAGCCACAGAUUAGUCUUGAAAUAAAUUAAAGUAAAUAACACUUAAUUUUUGGUUGCAUAUCCCUUUCUAAUAAUAAUAAUAAUAAUCAAGUCUGUGACUCACUGACAUCACCAAGUUGUUGGUUUUUCCUUUUGUGAUGCUUUCCAGGCUUUAACUGCCACCUCUUUUAGUUGUUUUGGGCAUUUCUCUUUUUGGUCUGCUCUUCAGGAAGUGAAGUGCAUGCUCGAUUGGGUUAAGGUCUGGUGAUUGACUUGCUGAGUCUAUAACAUUCCACUUUUUCCCCCUGACAAAGUCCUUUGUUCAGUUGGCAGUGCGCUUUGGAUCAUUAUCUAUAAAGUUCCUCCCGAUUAAUUUGCAUGCAUUUCUCUGUAAAUUGGCAGACAAAAUGUUCCUGUAAACUUCUGAAUUCAUUCUGCUGCUACCAUCAUGAGUUCAUCAUCCAUAAAUAUUAGUGAGCCUGUUCCAGAAGCAGCCAUGCAUGCCCAAGCCCAUGACACUACCUCCACAAUGUUUCACAGAUGAGCUUGUAUGUUUUAGAUCAUGAGCAGAUUCUUUAUUUCUCCACACCUUGGCCUUUCCUUGACUUUGGUAGAGGAUAAUCUUGGUUCCAGAACUUUUGUGGCUUAUCUCUGUUUCUUUGUGAAUUCCAUUUUGUUUUUCUGAUUCCUACUGCUGAUGAGUGGUUUGCAUCUUGUGGUAUGGCCUCUAUAUUUUUGCUCUCAAAGUCUUCUUCCAACCGUGGCUUGUGAUGCCUUUACCCCUGCCCUGUGGUGGUUGUUGAUGUCACUGACUGUUUUGGGGGUUUUCAUCACAGCUCUCACGGUUUGUCAUCACCUGUUGUUUUCCAUGGCCGACCCAUUUGGUCAGUACACCAGUGGUUUCAAACAUUUAAAAUUGUUGUAUUGGCUAUGCCCAAUGUUUGUGCAAUGUGUCUGAUUUGAUAUUCCCUCUUUUCUCAGCUUCAAAAUGGCUUGCUUUUUUUUUUUUUUUUUUGCUUUUACAAAUUGGGUGGUCUGAUAAGUCAUAGCACAUUUUGUAUGUCGUUUAACACAUCUACAUAUCUAUAUACCAUUAAAUAAAUGCUGAAAUUCUAAACUCUCUUCUCAUAUUCAUCUUUUGAUUGCAAACCCAAAUAUAAUUUGUGUAUAGAACAAAAAAUGUGAAUUGACCUUUCUUUUCCAACAGUUUCAGAGGGAACUAAAUGGGUUUAUUUGGAUUCAAAUAUAAUGUUCUUUGGUAUUGUGUUGCUGAUUUUGUAGUGAUUUGUGAUCGUCAUUAUAUUAUCAAAAAGAGCUCCUUCAUCUCAUCUGUACUCAAACUCAGAUUAUGGAUGUCUACCUGUCUGUCAUUAUUAUUAUUCAUUGUUUGAACAAUGAGCUUGAACAAAUAUGUUAAUUUGCUGAACAAUGAAUGCUAUUAGCAUGGUGUCAUUCACGUAAUGCUAAUUGGUGGCAUUAGUAUUUUGGACAAUUGUUCAUUAACUGGAAAAGGGGCAGCAUGGGUACACAUUAACAGACCAUUAUGUGUGUUAUUAAUGUGCCACUGUGUUGGUAGGGGGGCUUAUGUGACCGUCUUUAUUUCAGAAACAUUUUCACAAUGUUUUGGGUCUUGUAUGUAAUAAUAAAUGUGGUGUUUUCCUAUUCUUUGGGUUUUUUAAAAAAAAUCUUUCUUUCAAUAAUUGGAACUGUCCUACUUACAUUUUUAAUGUGCUCUAUAGUUGAUGACUGGAGAAAAUAUAAAAUAUUACUGUACAUAAGACAUGUUUACUUUACCAAAGGUGGUUGUUGGUGGUGGUGAUGUUGAUGAUAAAGCAAACAACACAGUUUAUUUAGGGUACUAUAUUUUCUUACAUUUUACAUUUAUGUCAUUUGGCAGACACCCUUAUCCAGAGCGACUUACUGAAGUGCUUUGAAGUCUAUCAAUAAAUGCAUCCUGAUACUGGUUCACUAGGUCACGGAGUAAGAAUAAUACCAUCAGUCUUAAAACUCUAUUGGGAUGUAAUAUAGUAAGGUAAACGCAGACAACACAACAAUUAUAAUUUUUAUUUAUUUUUAUUAUUUUAAUGAAAGUGCUCAUUUAAGUACUUUAGGAAGAGAGAGGUCUUUAGAGGUCAUUUGAGUGACCGCCAGUGACUCAGCUAUUCGAAGAUCUAGGGGAAGUUCAUUCGACCACCUAGGUGCCAGAACAUCUAAUCUAACUUGUUUGUGUAUUGUAAUGCACACUGACCUUACUGUAGUUAUUUUGGUCCUAAAUAUACAGGUCUU